AUGGCCUCAAAAUACCGCCUCUACGAAUACACACCCUCCACCGCCGCCGCCAUUACAGCAACCGCCUGCUUUGGCCUCAUCACGAUAUGCCAUCUGAUCCACUACUUCGCGCAGCGAACAUGGUUCUUCACUCCGUUUAUAAUAGGGGGUAUAUUCGAAACAACCGGCUACACAGCCCGCAUAAUCAACAGCCAACAACCGCCUCUCCAAUGGACCACAGCACCAUACAUAAUGCAAGAGCUGCUGCUGCUCCUCGCUCCAUCUCUCUUCUCAGCAUCUAUCUACAUGGUUCUAUCCCGGAUUAUCCGCGUAUCAAAGGGGGAGGAGCGCUCACCCGUGCCAGCUCGUUGGAUAACGAGGAUAUUUGUUAUCGGGGAUGUGGUUGCCAUCUUGGGGCAGGCGACGGGUGAGUUUUCCAAACUUCUCUUCUAUCUUCGGGGUGUGGCGUGGAGGAAUCCUCUCCCAAACAUCAUACUCAACGACCUCCUCGAAAUCAAACACAUCCCGCCAGAAACUCAGUAA